AUGGUGGCUAGAAAACCAAUUUUUGCCCACAAGGAGGAUGCAAAUGCCCGUGAGGCAUUGACUUUGUACGAGGCAAAGCAAUACAAAAAGGCCUUGAAGCUAGUCGAUCAGAAUCUCAAGAAAAACCUGUCUCAUGCUGAAUCUUUGGCGUUGAAAGGCUGUUGCAAUUAUCAACUUGGCCACAAAUCGGAGGCAGAAAACUACAUUUUAAGAGCAUUGAAGAACGGCUCCACUAACUACCUUGUCAAUCACUUGGCAGGAAUUUAUUACAGAAAUGUCGAGAACUACCCUGAAGCCGCCAUCUGGUACAAGGCCGCUGUGGACAAUGGAUCGCAUAACACGCCUAUUUUACGUGACUUGGCCUUACUCCAACUGCAGACCAGAGAUUACAAGAACUUGCGUGAGUGCCGCCAGAAGUAUUUGGAGUCGCAGCCCGGAUUCAGGGCAAACUGGACGGCUUUGGCUGUGUCCCAUCAUUUGAACAAAGACUUUGAUGCAGCUGUCAGCACGUUGGAUAAGAUUGAGGGCAUUAUCAAAGAGCAUUUGCAGGAGCAAGACAUGUACGAGCACAGCGAGUGCGUGCUCUACAAAAUCUCAAUAAUUUUCGAGACCGGAAAUGUUGCACGCGCUUUAGAAGAGCUAGAGGCAAAGUCUGACGAGAUUAGAGACAGACUUUCAUUUUUGGAAAUGAAGGCAAACUUCUUAUUGCUUCUAGGCAAGCAAAAAGAAGCCUCGCUCAUUUAUAGACAACUCUUGCAGAGAAACCCGGAUCAGGCUUCUUAUUACCAGUCACUUGAAAUUGCUUUAGGGACAUCGAAUGAAGCACCAGAGAUUCGCUUGAAAUUGUACGAUAAGCUCUCCUCCUUCUACCCCCGCGCUGAUCCUCCGAAGAUACUUCCAUUGUCAUUCUUGCCUGCCUCCCACCCUGAGUUCAAAAAGAGAGCUGCUGAUUACGUUUUGACUCAAUUGAAGAGGGGAGUGCCUGCAGCAUUUGUCAACAUCAAGCCUUUUUACAACGAUCAUCACAAAGCUUCUGUCAUUUUGUCCAUUGUCCAAGAGUUCUUCGAGAAUGAGAUCAACAACUUCCCACCACCUGUGUUCGUAUGGGCCAAUUAUUUCUUGGCUCAGCACUACUUGUAUGUGAAUCAGCUAGAUAAAGCACUUUGCUACAUUGACACCGCUUUAGAGCAUACACCAACCUUGGUCGAGUUGUAUAUCCUCAAGGCCCGUAUUGUCAAACACUCUGGUGAUUUCAUAGAAGCCAGUCAUAUUAUGCAGAAGGGGCGCUCUUUGGACUUGCAGGACCGUUUCAUCAAUUCCAAGGCUACGAAGUACCUUUUCCGGGCCAAUAAGGUUGAAGAGGCCAUCGACUGUGUGUCUUUAUUCACUAAAAAUGAUGACGAUGCAGCCAAUGGACUUGGGGAUUUACAGGUUAUGCAAUCCAAUUGGACUUUAGUUGAGAGCGCAGAGGGAUACUCUAGACUUUACUAUGAGCAAUGUGCUUUGGCAAAACAAGAAGGCAUCGAGUCCGAAAAGUCUACUGAAACAAUGGACUUAGCAGAAAUUUAUUUGGGUUUAGCUUUGAAGCGUUUCAUGAGUGUUUUAAAAGUUUUCCAGGUUUAUGAAAACGAUCAAUUCGAUUACCAUUCUUACUGUAUGAGAGUUGGUACUACUCGUGACUACAUUGAGAUGGUCAAAUGGGAAGACAAGUUGCAUUCUACUCCGAUUUAUGUCCGUGCCAUCAGAGGAUUCACGAAGCUCCUUCAAGAAGUACGAGUUGAGCUACUCAAUUCAGAAACUGAUGAGACUGUAUCCAAAGAGAAGAAAAAGCGCAAUGUCAAGAAGAUCAAGCAAAUCAAUGUUAAGAAGAAGAAUGAGGUGAUGGCUCGCGUUCAGCCUAGUCCAAAGGAUGAGGAUCCUCUCGGACAAAAAGCAUUAAAUGAAUUCAGAGAGGCUAACAAAUUACUGUCUCAAUUAGAAUCACUUGUGAAGCAGCUCUCUCUGGAGGCCGCAAACUACCUGUUUACAUGGGAUCUAGCAUAUGAUUUCUACAAACAUGAAAAGAAAUACGUGUUGGCCCUCCAGGCAUUGAGAAGUUGGAGCAAAAUUGUGGAUCCCCAGAACAAAAAAUUGCGCGUUGUAGGGAAUAGGGUCCUCGAUCUCCAAUCUGCUGUUGAACAGGACGGAAGUGUUAAUGUUGCGAUAGCAAAGGUUGUACAAAAGGGACUUGAAAGUGCAUUCCCAGAAUUAUCCGAAGGUCAAGAGAAUCUUUUGAGUGUAUACUCCCAUUAG